AUUAAAAGAAAAAAAAUAAAGAAAAGUAAAGUAAAAGGAUAACAAGAAGGAGAGGAAGAGUUGCAGAAACCAGCACCACCACAAUCUUCUUCGUUGACAAUGGCGAUGGCGGCACCACCGGUGAAAGUGUACGGCCCACCGCUCUCCACUGCCGUCUCCCGUGUACUGGCCUGUCUACUAGAGAAAGACGUCGCCUUUCACCUCGUCCCCGUCAAUAUGGCCAAAGGAGAACACAAGAAAACAGACUACCUUAACAUCCAGCCUUUUGGGCAAGUUCCAGCCUUUCAAGACGAAACCAUCUCUCUCUUUGAAUCCAGGGCUAUUUGUCGAUACGUAAGUGAGAAAUUCUCCAAUCAAGGAAACAGGGGUCUCUAUGGAUUGAACCUAGUGGAGAAAGCUUCAAUAGACCAAUGGGUGGAAGCAGAAGCCCAGAGCUUCAAUCCACCCAGCUCUGUUCUCGUCUUCCAGCUGGCCUUUGCCCCUAUGAUGAAGAUCGAGCAAGACCAAGGAGCCAUAAAGCAGAACGAGCAGAAGCUGGCCAAGGUGCUGGACAUUUACGAGACCAGGCUGGGAGAGACUCGGUUCCUGGCCGGGGAGGAGUUUACACUGGCAGAUCUUUCUCACCUCCCGAAUGUGCAGUAUUUGCUGAUGAGAACGGACAGGGGAGAGAUGUUCACGUCCAGGAAGAAUGUUUGGAGGUGGUGGGAAGAAGUUUCCGCCAGAGAUUCGUGGAAGAAGGUGGUGGACAUGCAGAACGCUCCUCCCCCCGCCGCCACCUGAUUAACCAUCUUCAUCUUCUUCUAUGUUGGUUCAAUAACCGGCUAUCAAACACGUUUCCUAUAUAUAUAUGGUAUUUUUAAGAAGUGGCAAUAUAAAACCAGUGCAGACAAAAGUGUAUUAUUUAAGUUGACACAUACAAUCUUCCUUAUUAGCUUUCUUCAAUCAUAACCAGUUCAUUUGACAUGAA